CACACGCAUGGAGUGAUGGGGAGAGAUGAGGAAAGAAAAAACGGGGAACGGAGGGAGCGGAGUACUAUAUUCGGAGGGCGUCAUUCUCAGACCCUGAAGUUCCCUUUAUUAACGGAACUGCCAUCGCCUCAAGUGCAUAAGUAUGCUGAGGGAGGGUCCCGUGGAAAGAUAUCUUGCUCUUCAAUGGCCGUCACUAGUCUCCUUCUCCUGCUCCUUCAUCUAUGGUUCGCUGCAUCUGCAGCCAAAGCAGACGAUCCGGCGAUCGUCUCUAGAUUCCAGGAGUAUCUCCGUGUCAACACGGUCCAGCCGAAUCCCGAUUAUCACAAAGCGGUUGAGUUCAUCAUCUCCCAGGCUAAAUCCCUCUCUCUGGAAUCUCAGACGAUCGAGUUGGUCAAAGGAAAGCCUCUUCUUCUCCUGAAAUGGGUCGGCUCGCAUCCAACUCUUCCCGUCGUUCUUCUCAACUCCCACACCGAUGUGGUUCCCUUUGAGGAAUCCAAGUGGAACCACCAUCCCCUCAGCGGUCACGUCGAUCCCGAUGGUAAAAUCUUCGCCAGAGGCUCUCAGGACAUGAAGUGCGUCGGGAUGCAGUAUCUGGAGGCCAUACGCAAGCUCCAGGCUUCCGGGUUCCAGCCCCAUAGAUCCAUCUAUCUCUCCUUUGUUCCCGAUGAAGAGAUCGGUGGCCACGAUGGCGUCGAGAAGUUUGUGGAAUCCCAGUUCUUCAAGAGCUUGGACGUUGCAAUUGUGCUCGACGAAGGUCUGCCAUCACCGACUGAGAGUUACAGGGUGUUUUUCGGAGAAAGGAGCCCGUGGUGGCUGGUGAUAAAGGCCAAAGGCGCUCCUGGUCACGGUGCUAAGCUCUAUGAUAACUCGGCCAUGGAGAAUCUGCUGAAAAGCAUUGAGAAUAUUAGGAGGUUCAGAGCUUCCCAGUUUGAUCUGCUCAAGGCUGGCUUGAAAGGUGAAGGCGACGUCGUCUCCGUCAAUAUGGCUUUCCUCAAGGCUGGCACGCCUUCUCCAACUGGUUUUGUCAUGAAUCUGCAACCAUCUGAGGCGGAAGCUGGUUUUGACAUUAGAGUCCCUCCCACUGCUGAUUAUGAAGCAUUGGAAAAACGUUUGGUCGAGGAAUGGGCUCCUGCAGCACGAAACAUGUCGAUGGAGCUGGGACAGUUCAAGCAGAGGGCGGAUCCACUUGAUAACUCUGGGAAGCCGCUUCUUACAGCAACAGAUCAGUCAAAUCCAUGGUGGGGACUGUUGGAAAAUGCUGUGAGAGAAGCUGGCGGGAAGACUGGGAAACCUGAAAUUUUCCCUGCAUCAACAGAUGCUCGUUAUUUCCGGAGAGCUGGCUUACCUGCCAUUGGAUUCUCUCCCAUAUCAAAUACCCCAAGUUUGCUUCACGACCACAAUGAGUAUCUGAGUAAAGCCGAGUACUUGAAGGGAAUUGAUGUGUAUGCCUCCAUCAUCAAGGCUUAUGCAUCAUAUGUUCCACUUGAAACAGAUGUUGGUGCGCGCGAUGAGUUAUAAGGGUCUAUAUCCAAACAGAUCUCGCCAUACAAGAGGCCGUGCUCAUUGCUCCUUUUCCGGAAUUACUGUGGCAUGAUACAAGCUAUAACCUUCAAUCGCUCCUCUACCACCAGUAACAAAAUGUACCAUAAAUAAGUGACUUGAACCCAUCAUGCUAGGCUGUGAGUUCCGUGUAAUCAGACAUGCUUUGUGAUGUUACGGGUUUCAGGAACAGAUUGAAAGUUCUUGAAGAAACCCUCCUUUUCAGCUUGUUAAUUUUCAUCAGAGAAAUGGCUUCUUCAUAUA